GGAGCGCGCACGAUAAUGGGGCGGGGGGUGCGCGCUUGAGCGGCUCCAAACUGAAGCGCAAGACUGAGAGAGAGGGAGCUGAGCGAGAGCAUCUCUGAUGGGUGUUUUGAAGGUCCUGGGUCGAGCAUGACUCUGUCCAGCGCCCCACCACUUCGUAGAGGAAGCACCCCAGUUCCGUUUAAAUACCAGCUCCGUCGGGAAGAAGCCGUUAACGAUGACUGCGACUGGACGCCCGAAAUCGGAGUAACCGAAGCGGCAUCGCCUCCACCGGUCAGCUUCGUUCCAGUGGAGGAUGAAGCAGCGGGAGAUGAUGUCGAAGACAGACGCGGUGGCCCGUUCAGGAUCGCCCUGCUGGGCCAGAACGGAGUGGGAAAAACGUCGCUCGCUAUCGCCCUCACUGGGGAAAUGGACAGAACUGCAUCCGUGGACUCGGACGGCGAGGGCUACGUUCGCAUUGUUACUGUGGACAACGAGGAGAGCACCAUAUUCAUCUUUGAUAACUGGAGACAGGAUCUGUCCACGCUGGUGUGUGAAGUAUGUUUGUUGGUGUUUUCGGUGACAGACCGGCGCAGCUUCCACCGCACGGCUCAGCUCCGCCUUCUCCUCAGGGAAAACCAACCUCAGACUCCGAUCAUCCUCGUGGGCAACAAAAGCGACUUGGUCCGUUCACGAGAAGUCAGCACGGAGGAGGCUCGAUCCAACGCUGCGCUUUACGAGUCUCCAUACGUGGAACUGUCCGCAUCUCUGGACCACGGCACCACAGAGCUUCUGGAGUUGGCCGUCCGGGCAGCACGAGGAGAAAGCCUGGCGUCUUUGGCGGCCGUCGGGGCAGAGGGAGCGACAGGGGGUCGGCGUGAGAGCUUGAGCACACGGGCAAAACGCUUCCUGUCCAAUCUUGUACCGCGCUACCCGAAGGAAAAAGAGCGCGAUGGCGGAAAGUUCUUCAGACAGAAAUCUCGCUCCUGUCAUGAUCUGGGGGCUUUGUGAGUCGUAGAUAGAGCGAAAGAGGGUGAAAAACUAACACGAGGGAAGAUGAUGAGGUGGUGAAUCCAAGUACUGGAGAGAAAAUAAACAAAUGGAGAGAUCAUGGAGAGAAAUAUUAGAUUUAAUGAAAUGGUGUAUGAGUAGGAAGUAAAGAAAGAGAAAAUAUAUUAAAAACUAUAAAACCCUUAAUAAUAGUUAGGGUAUAGGUUCAGCAUUCGACUGUAGACCGUUGACUGAACACAUGUAGUUUGCAUGUUCCACUAUGAAAAAAAAAAAAAUACAAAUUUGUUUCAGUCAAAUAGUAUAGGCAGUCCAGUCGCCAUGAGUAUUUGUGGUAUCCUGCUAUAUUUGUGUAUCUUGAACUAAAUUGUUAAAGUCGAAGAACAAAAAAAUCUCCAGUACGCUGGGAAAAUCAGCUUUGUUGAACAAAUGAACUUUUUUUUUCCUCACAGAUUCACGUUUACCGACUGUGCUGUUGAACGUUCACUUCGAUAAAUCCGGAAAUCGCGACCGUUCCAUAUUCCAUUACUGAGAAGCGCAUUAAAGAGUAUUGAAAAAUCUCAA